AUGUUCCGCAGGUUACUGGACGAGUUCUGGGACACGGCGAAUCCCUACACGAGGCACUCGGAGGAUGUGACUCCGGAGGAGGCGAAAAAGCAGGCGAGUUUCGAGUCCUUCGACUACUACAAACCGUACCCGUCCAUGUACAUGAAACACCUUCGUGCACAUUACGCUGGGCGUGCGACGGCCACUUCUAGAAGUAGCGGGGCGGGCACCACAACUGCGACGACGACGACGACGACGACGACGACAAGUAAUGAUACUAAUAAUACGAGUUCGCCGCCUCUGAAGGAUGCGGUGGCGGUGGAUAUUGGCGACACGUUAGCUUCCAACCUUGAUGCGGCCAGGUUGACGGUGAUGAACACGGUCAAGAAGUACGAUUCUGAUGAGCGCAAUGAGGCCUUGCGAUGGAUCUUACACGUUAUUAUUGCCAUUUCUGUUGGUGUUUUGGCAACGAUCAUUUCGUACACGGUGGAGUUUGUGGAUGAUUACCGUGCAGCUCAGCUUUACAAUCUGAUCAGGGCACAUCCCGUGAUUGGUCGCUUUACUGGUUACCUUUUCUCCAUUGGUGUCUCCAUAGCGCUUGUCGUGGUGGCGGCAGCCGUAGUUGUGUUUCUUGAGCCAGCUGCGGCGGGUGGCGGCAUACCGGAUGUUAUCGCGUAUCUGAAUGGGGUGCAUGUGCCCAAGGCAAUGAAUCUUCGCACCUUUUUGGCAAAGAGCAUAUCUUGUAUGUGUGCGGUGGCUGGCGGAUUACCGGUGGGGCUUGAGGCACCAUUGAUUCAUCUUGGCGCCAUUGCGGGGGCGGGAGUGACGCAGGGACGUAGCCGCACCCUGGGGUGUCAGACGAAACUCUUCCAGGCAUUCCGGAACAAUAAGGACCGACGCGACUUCAUCACGGCAGGAGCAGCGUGCGGCGUCAGCGCCGCGUUUGGGGCACCUAUUGGUGGCUUACUCUUUGUGAUGGAGGAGGUCUCUAGCUUCUGGGACCACAGUGCAAGUGGGCAGAUUUUUCUCGCCACGAUGAUUUGCUUCACGACGAUCAGCAUGAUUCGUUCCAUCCUGGAGGAUCAGCAGCUGCUGGGGUGGGUGUCAAAUGCGGUUUCUGUCCUUUUUGAGGUGAAUUUGACGAUUCCGCUUAACCUCUUCUCGAUCGUGCCGUCCUUUUUUCUCGGAAUCCUUUGUGGGGCGUUUGCGGCCGUCUUCACAAAAGUGAGCCUCAUGCUUGCCAAGUAUCGCCGCCGGUAUCUGCGCCCCAUCGUCUUCCGCCGCUUUGCUGAGCCUCUCGUCAUUGUCCUGCUGUACGGCACGCUCUCGUACCUGUUGGCCCUCGUGCCGGACUGCCGCCUGACGCAAGAAAUGAGUAGCGCAAACGGGACGUUUGUCUGGGGCACGGAAAAUAGUACGCGACUGUUCACCGCGACAUGUGCGAGGAAGGACGCGUAUGCGCCACUCGCAACACUUACGAUGGGCACCGGAAAAGACACAAUUCGACACCUCCUUUCACGACAAACAAUUGGUGAAUUUCCUGCAGCAUAUAUUCUUAUCUUUCUUGCACUAUACACCUUCUUUGCGUGUUGGUCAAGUGGGACGGCGGUGUCUGGUGGGUUGGUGGUGCCGAGCCUGGUCAUUGGCGCCGCCUUUGGGAGGUUGUACGGGCAGAUCUUAUGGUUUCUGGCGGCACGUGGGGCCGGCGCUGAGCGUAGUUAUAAAGCGUCACAGGCCUGGCUGGAUCCUGGUGUUUUUGCGCUGAUUGGCGCCGGCGCCUUCUUCUCUGGCACCUCCCGCAUGACGAUGUCUAUUUGCGUUAUUAUGGUAGAGCUCUCCUCUGAACUGCACUACCUGCUCCCUGUCAUGGUCGCUAUCAUCAUGUCCAAGACGGUGGCAGACUUUAUUAGUGAACCCCUUUACCACCACAUGCUGCGCCUGGACUCUGUGCCGUAUCUGCAGGCGCACCUGUUACGUCCAGGGUUUGAGCAGCUGACGGCUGCAGACGUGAUGACCUCGAAGGUGGUGACGCUUCGACUACGGGAAAAGACUUCUGUCGUGUUGAAUGCGCUGCGGCACACGACACAUCAUGCCUUUCCAGUGGUGGAGGCGGUUCAGGAGGAAAGCACUGAGGGUGCCAACGCCAAGCCAAGCGGCAUGAGAGAGGCGUUAGGGAAGGAAGGAGAGCAGCGUGUGCGGUACAAGUUUGUUGGCCUCGUUACACGUGAGGACGUGCAGAUUUAUUUGGCACUGCCUGCGCUGCAACGUGCCCGCCGCUCAAGCGAUACUUCCGAUUUGCCCGGCGCUGGUUCUAGUCUUGAGCUGCCGCCCAGUGUGCUUGCUAUCAACAAGAUGACGUGGGCCGAGUGGUUGACCCACAAGACAUCCCUGUUUUUUCUCCUAGGAAGCAAGAGGUGGUCGGAAAUAUGGGCACGAAGCAACACCGCAGAUGGCGUGAUGGAGGAAGAUCAAAUGCACUUCAGCGAGGGCAUCGACCAUGGCGGCGGUGACGACAAUUCCAGCCCGUUUUUCGCGGACGAGCGACGCCUGCCGCCAGUCCUUGACCUCUCGCUUAUUGUCAACCGCAGCCCGUGGGUGAUUCCACCGUUCUUCAAUCUGCAGAUGGCCUACCACACCUUCCGCAUGAUGGGGCUGCGACACAUGGUGGUCGUGGAUGGGGACGCCGUCGUGGGCAUUAUCACGCGAAAGGACCUCCUCGUGGACACGCUCUUACGCCGUCUGCGUGGACUUCAGGGAGAGGACAACGGCGGUGGUGGUGCAGGAAACACGCCGAUAGCGUCACCAUCGUUGCCUGAUGAGCAUGACGGAGGCAGUGGCUCACCGCGCCCGCGGGCGGAGGGUCCUCAGCCGAUGGCCGCCUCCUCUUCCCUGCCUCCGUCCCGGGUGAGCGUUCCUGAUUUGCUUUUCUUGGCAUCCGCCAGCGUCGGCGCCAGGUCUCCGGAGUAA